UGUAGCUUCUUAAAAUCCAACGUUCUUCACGGUUCCCGUGCUUACUUUUGAACUGAGAUGAAGUUUGACGACAUUUUAAAGAAUGUUGGUGAGUUUGGGCCCUAUCAACGCCGUGUCUACUUGAUCUCGUUGAUAUUUAAGUUCACCGGUUCCUGGGCGACAUUGUUAUCGGUCUUCAUCAAUGCCCCCGUCGACCACUGGUGUGCGACCCCCGAAUGGACUCCUGGAUGUGAGCAGUAUGGGUUUUCAGAUGAAGCCUGCGCACUAGCCCAGAAGGAAGGUAGCAUCCCAUCAAACUACACGUCAGAUGGUGAGCUGGAGUACGCACAAUGUGAAAAAUAUAACGUGUCCGGAGUGGGAUUCUGGCCUGGGAUUGAUCCAUCCAAUUACAGCAGCGAAACGAUGUCAUGUGACAGUGGCUGGGUGUACGAUGACAGCCAAUACAAGACGACGACAGUGACGGAAUUUGAUCUUGUAUGUGGCAAUGGUGAACUUACCCAAGUAUCUCAAUCUAUAUACUACGGGGGAUUCUUAGCAGGAUCUAUCUUCUUUGGUAUCCUAUCUGACGUGAUUGGACGCUGGUGGACUCUCCUGCUCGCUAACCUCGUAUCGCUUGUUUCUGGAGUUGCGAUUGUCUUUUCACCCAACUGGUGGUUCUUUGCCACUAUGCGUUUCUUCAUGGGUUCUGGAAGCAUUUCUUUCAACAUCACUUUCUGGCUACCUGAGUCUGCAAGAUGGCUUAUCUCCGUGGGGAAAUACGACAAGGCCGAAAAAGUUAUCACCAAGGUAGCCGAAGUUAACAAGGCCGAACUGCAGAAGCCCCUGUUUACCAAAGAAUUCAUGGUAGAGCAGGAACGAAUCCGCAAGGAACAUAGGCCCACAGGUCUCGAUUUGAUCCGCACACCCAGGAUGAGAAUGCGAACCAUCAACCUUGUAUUUAUAUGCACCCUCUCCCCUCUCCCAUCUCCCAUCCCAUCCUAUGUCUUUCAUGGUCUCCUCUUUGUUAGGAUGGUGAACUCCAUGGUGUAUCACGGCCUGUCUUUGAAUAGCUCAAAUCUCGGCACCAACGAUUACGUCGCUUUUGCCAUUACGGGUGGUAUCGAGAUCCCGGCCUACAUCAUGGAUAUUUUCAUCGUAGAGUUCUUUGGCCGGAGGUUGAGUCUUUUCUUCUGUUUGAUGCUAGGUGGGGUAGCUUGCUUGUCAACUGCAUUUAUACCCACCGGCGUUGCCCUGACAACUGUUUCUAUGAUAGGGAAGUUCGGGAUCGCAGGCUCGUUUGCAAUCAUAUAUCUCUACACCGUGGAGCUUUAUCCAACAAAUAUAAGGGGCGUUGCCAUGGGCAACUGCUCUAUGUUUUCCCGGGUAGCGACCAUAUCAGCACCUCUUGUCCUCAUCCUCGCAAAAUAUUGGGAUCCACUUCCUCUUGUUAUCUACGGUUCGCUAUCCGUCAUCGCUUCACUGUCUGCUCUUGCAUUGCCCGAGACUCGAGGCAAGAAACUCCCAGAGACGCUGGAAGAAGGAGAACAGUUUGGUUUGAAUGAUGGAGAGAAGGGCGAAACCACAUCUGAAACCGUUCACGACAACCCAGCAUUCAGCAUGGAAGACGAGAAAUGAUGACAAUAUGUAUACUCUUACAAGUUAAAAUUCUUGCAUGUUUAAACCUUCAA